CAAGACUCGAGGUCUAACUUCGUCAGACAGUUCACGAUUAUUCCGUUGUUGUGCCGGAUCUAAACAAAGCCAUGCCGAUCGAUUUUUAUCAUAUUCCCGGAAGCGCUCCGUGCCACGCCGUUGCUCUGACAGCCGCCGCUGUUGGAGUUUCAUUGAAUGCCAAACCUGUAGACUUGAGGAACGGAGAACAGAUGAAACCUGAAUUCCUGAAGAUGAAUCCACAGCACACGGUUCCUACGAUCAACGACAAUGGUUUUAUUCUGUGGGAGAGCCGACCUAUUAUGGCGUACUUGGUAGAACAGUAUGGCAAGAACGAUUCACUGUACCCAAAGGAUCCCAAAAAACGCGCGAUGGUUAACCUGAGAUUGUUCUUUGAUGCUUGCACCUUGUACAAAGCCUUUGGUGACUGUUACUAUCCGACGAUUUUCGCCAAGGCACCCAUGGAUCAAACCAAAUACGAGGCUGUCAAUACGGCCCUUUCACUACUCGACAAAUUCCUCGAGACAGACGAGUAUGUUGCGGGAAAGAAUAUGACAAUUGCCGAUUUAACCCUUACUGUCACUGUUUCCGUAAUUGAGGUUGUCGAUCACGAUUUUAGCGAAUUCAAAAACAUAAGUAGGUGGUUCGCGAAAAUGAAGGUAGCCGCGCCAAAAUACGAGGAAUGCAACAACGUUGGUCUCAAAGCCUUCAAGGCCGCAGUGGAUGAAUUAAAGAAGAAGUAAACAACGCGUUAUGAGG